UCAUUUGAGAUUUAUUUAUUAAUAUAAAACAGAGAUUAACCGGCCACGUGUCUUAUUUGUAAUCAAUAACCGGAUGGAUGGUUGGUUGGAUGGCUAUAUCAAAGUUUCUCUCGUAACCUCACAUCCUACUCCGGUCUCCUCCAUCUGCCGGCUUUCCGAUUUCCCAACCAAGGUUUUCCAGGAAUCACAAGUAUAAUUGUCCCAUCCAUGGCAUCGGGGAUGUUGUCCUUGUCUCAUCAUCCCUUGAGUUCUGGUUAUCAAAAUGGAGUAUCAUUCAUCAACAUUCCUAGCAUAAGUCACAGACGGAGGCGUAAGUCUAGACCAUUAACACUUUCGGCCUUGGUGGAGGCAGAUGCCCGUACUUUUCCUUCUCAAGGGGGGCCUAAUACUAAUCGUAAUAGCAAUAGCAAUAGUAAUAGUAAUAGUAAUAGUAGGAGCAUUACCAAAACCGAUGAUGCAGCACUAUCACUAUCACAAUCUGACAGGAGGAAGAAGAAUCUUGCUGAUGAUAUGCAAGCUGAGGCAAGGGCCAUGUCCAGAGCAGCCGCCGCUUCUGUCUACACUCCUCAGAUGAUUGCUACUAAAUAUGGCUCACGCCCUAUCAAGGUUUUUCGUAGGACCUCUGAUAUUUUGUUCGGUUUGGGUUCCUUUGCUUUCAAGCUCUUGCUUGAUAAUUGGAAUGGUCAGCUCAAUCAAAACAAAUCCUUAAGAGCUGUUCAGCUCCGCAAGAUUUUUACUGCUCUCGGCCCUACUUUCGUCAAAAUUGGCCAGGGUUUAUCCACAAGGCCUGACUUGUGCCCACCUGAGUACCUUGAGGAACUCUCUCAGCUACAGGAUGCUUUGCCUACGUUCCCGAAUAAGGAGGCAUUCUCAUGCAUUGAGAAGGAGCUGGAGUUUCCACUUGAGGACAUAUACUCAACUAUAUCUCCAUAUCCGAUUGCAGCUGCUAGUUUGGGUCAGGUUUAUAAAGCUCAAUUGAAGUAUUCUGGUCAGACGGUUGCUGUCAAAGUACAGAGGCCUGGUAUUGAAGAGGCCAUAGGGCUUGACUUCUACCUGAUAAGAGGACUGGCCCUUUUUAUAAAUAAAUAUGUUGACUUUGUCACAAGUGAUGUUGUUGCCCUAGUUGAUGAAUUUGCAAGAAGAGUUUAUCAAGAGCUUAACUAUGUGCAGGAGGGUAAGAAUGCGAGAAGAUUUAAGAAAUUAUACGCUGACAAGGAAGAUGUUUUUGUUCCUGAUAUAUUCUGGGAUUACACCAGUGCCAAAGUUUUAACAAUGGAGUGGGUCGAUGGAGUCAAGUUAAAUGAACAAAUCACAAUUGAGAGACAAGGGCUGAAGGUGUUGGAUCUUGUUACCAUUGGUAUCCAGUGUAGCCUUAGACAAUUACUUGAGUACGGAUACUUUCAUGCAGAUCCACAUCCUGGCAAUCUUCUGGCAACUCCUGAGGGAAAGCUGGCAUUCAUCGACUUUGGAAUGAUGAGUGAAACCCCAGAACAAGCAAGGUUUGCAAUUAUUGGCCAUGUUGUCCACAUGGUUAAUCGUGAUUAUGAAGCCAUGGCUCAAGAUUAUUAUGCUCUGAAUUUUUUAUCCCCUGAUGUGGAUGUUUCUCCAAUUGUGCCUGUACUUCGGGAUUUCUUUGAUGAUGCACUCAGUUCAACUGUUAGUGAACUAAACUUCAAAACGCUUGUAGAUGGUCUAGGAGCCGUCUUUUAUCAAUAUCCAUUCAAUGUUCCGGCAUAUUAUGCAUUGAUACUGAGGUCUCUUACUGUGCUGGAAGGUUUAGCACUUUAUGCAGAUCCAAAUUUUAAGGUUCUGGCUGCAUCAUAUCCAUAUUUUGCUAAGAGACUUCUUACUGAUCCUAACCCAUAUCUGCGAGAUGCUCUUAUUGAGUUGCUGUUUAAGGAUGGGAAAUUCAGGUGGAAUAGACUUGAAAAUUUACUUGUUCAGGGGCGUAAAGACAGGGAUUUUUCUGCAAAAGACGCUUUACAACCUGUUCUGAAGCUAUUGUUGGGGCCGGAUGGUGAAGAACUAAGGAUUCUAGUUAUAAAGGAAGCUGUGCGAGUUACUGAAGCAGUAAUUCUGGGUUCUUUGAUGGAUACAUACAGUUCUCUACCUGAAUUCAUGAGGACUCUAGUAACAAAUGGUAGUUCGACAGGACCUUUCUUAUUACCAAAGGAAGCUGAACAGCAAAGUAUGUUGGAACUUCGAGGACAAGUGCUAAAGGUUUGGGGGCUUCUACAGUCUUCAAAUAACUUUGAACCUUCCCUCCUACAACCUAUAUUACAGGUACUUCAACAAAGCGAAGCACGUGAUCUUGGAGGCCGUGUUCUUGGUGGCAUAGCUCAGCGUCUGGCAGCACGUUUUCUGCAGCAAGUCUUACAGGCCCCAACCUCAACUACAAGUCUUCAAGUGUAGAAGAAAGCAACAUAUAACUGCAGUAUUACAAGAAUUCACAACCAUUGUAAGCGGCAGUAAAGGCUGGAUUACCAUUGCCAGAAGACUGGGCAUAGGGGUGUGUGUGUGUGUUCUCUUGUAUUUACAGGUACUUGUAAAUUUGUAAAUUUGAUGUCAUGCAAUGCAGGUAAAGAAAGGAGUACAUGCUUAUCGAUUUACUCCUAUGAAGUAUAUUUUAGGGUCAUAUGGAUUAAUGUUUUUGUACUUAACUAAAUUGUAUGUGGAAAUAUACAACCAAUAUACAUGCAAGUAGCAAAUCUUGUAUGUACAACACCUUAAGGAAAUCGUGAAAGCAACUUAGCAAGUAAAACUUAUA